ACGUUUAUUUUUUCGGUACUUCCGCGUGCGCCUUGUUUAGCCCGUAGUAGAAGUACCAGCACAAGUCAUUGUCACAAAGCGGCACGUCGUGCUUGAAUUCACUGCAAAAAUUACGUAGGGCGAGCUCCAACGCACCCCUGCAAAUCCGUACCAAGUCACGACAACAAACAAGGGUGCCUUUGCCGAUUACAUUCCUAUCCGGGCGACCUGGGCCUAACGGGGAUACCAACAGCCAAAGUAAAAUUGGAUCAGUAACGUUGAUUCUAUCACGUUCCUGAGUCAUAUUGUCUCCUUUAUCCUGCCAAAAGUACCAUUCUCAUUCUUUCGUUGACAAAUGCUCUUGGACGCUAACAACCUCGAAUAGUUGAGCGUACACAGCAUGGCAUCCGACGCUCGCAAGCAGCCGCCAUGGGCCCCUCCCAAGCUCGACCUGACACCCAGCUCCCACAACUGAAGAUCUACAACAGCUUGACGAGGAGCAAGGAUGACUUUGUCCCAGUCGAUCCGACGGGGAAGGUGGUGACGUGGUACGCCUGUGGCCCGACUGUGUACGAAGAUGCCCAUCUGGGCCACGCCAAGAAUUACGUGUCGACCGACAUCAUCCGACGCAUCAUGAAGGACUACUUCGGCUUUCAUGUCAAGUUCGCGAUGAAUAUAACCGACAUCGACGACAAGAUCAUUCUCCAGGCCCGUAAGCAGCACCUGCUCGCGUGCUUUAAGCAGGACCAUGCCACCGAGGACGACCCGGUGAGCGACGCAGUCUUGGCCGAGGCCAAAGCCGCAUUCCGGCACUACAUUGGCAAGAACCUUCCGUUGCUGCCCUCGGAUACGAGCCCAGAGACCUUUUCCGAAGCAGUGGACAAGACAUACAAGGACAAGGUCGAACUUCCACCUCCGGCGGACGCUGCGACGGUACAGGAGGGCCAAGCUGUUACCGUCGCCGAUUUGCUGUUGAGAGCCCACAUCGGAACGGCACGGUCGGCUGCCGAGGCUCUGCAAGCCCCAGGAGCGCUACCCGAAUUUUUCGCCAAGACGGAUGAUGUUUUGCUCCCAUUUCUCGAUUCCUUGCAUGGUGCCGAGCUGGAUUCCAACAACCACCAGGUCUUCAUGGAGCUGAGCCAGAAAUUCGAACGCCGCUUCUUUGAGGACAUGAACGCGCUCAACGUCCUGCCUCCCGACCAACUGACUCGUGUGACCGAGUACGUCCCCCAGAUUGUCCGCUUCGUUGAGAAGAUUGUGGCAAACGGUUUCGGGUACGCUACACCUGACGGCUCCGUCUACUUCGACAUCCACUCGUUCGAGAAGGCCGGGCAUAGCUACUCCCGUCUGGAACCGUGGAACAAGAACGACCGCGCCCUCCAAGCCGAUGGUGAAGGUUCACUGUCCAAGGGAAAGUCGAUGAAGCGGAGCGAGAAUCAUUUUGCGCUGUGGAAAGCCAGCAAGCCGGGCGAGCCAGCAUGGCCGAGUCCGUGGGGUCGUGGGCGGCCAGGGUGGCAUAUCGAGUGCUCUGCAAUGGCUUCGGAAGCGAUUGGGAAGACGAUGGACAUCCAUUCAGGAGGCGUCGAUCUUCGCUUCCCUCAUCAUGACAACGAACUUGCACAGUCGGAAGCGUACUUGUCGACUCCAGGCUGCUCGGUGCAGUGGACGAAUUACUUUGUUCACAUGGGACAAUUGCGGAUUCGAGGGUUGAAGAUGAGCAAGAGCCUCAAGAACUACACGACCAUCCGGACUGUUCUCUCCCAGAACGAGUGGAGUGCACGUUCACUCCGGAUUUGCUUCCUCCUCAUGCCUUGGCAGGAUGGGAUUGAGGUAACAAACGAGCUAAUGAAGGCUGUGGUCGGCUGGGAAGGCAAGCUCAACAAUUUUUUUCUGAAGAGCUUGGGCAUUUGGAAGCAUUCCCGCCCCGAGACGACAGGGCAAGAACUUGGAAUCGCAGACAAGCAGUUGUUGAUGGCCCUGGACAAGGCGAAGAACGAAGUCGAUGCAGCUCUGUGCGAUUCCUUCAACACCGCUGCCGUUAUGAGAAUCCUCUCUGAUCUUGUCACCGAGUCGAACUCGGCAGAGGCACUUUCCGACCAGACCGUCAUCUCACUCGCCCGGUGGGUGACACGCAUUGUCACCAUCUUCGGUUUGGAUCUCGAGGGAGAUUUUAGCAAUCCGGAUCGUAUAGGGUGGUCGGGCCUCGAUAUCCCCGCGCCAGCAAAGCCCUACGUCUACCCCGCAUCGCAGCUGCGCGACAAUGUCCGGACGUUGGCCUGCUCCGGCUCGGUCGAUCAUGCGGCCAUUGCAAAACUCGCUGACGGAACCACGAGCGCGGCGUCAACCCCAGUGGCCGAAUCCUCCCAGCCAUACAGCGAGGUGCUGCAGCAGUUCCGCACCGACGUCAAGGCCCUCGCGGCUCGGCAAGCGCCGGCCAAAGACCUGCUCGCCUUGUGCGACCAGCUCCGCGAUGUGCACCUCUGGAACCUCGGCAUCUAUCUCGAGGACCGCAGCAGCCCCCAUCCUGCUUUAGUACGACCCCUUGAUAAGCUGUUGGUCGAGGCGCGCGCGGAACAGGAAUCUGCUGGCGCUGCCAAAGCCAAGGCCAAGCUGGAACAGAAGGCCAGGGAGGCCGAGGCGGAGAAGGAGCUGCGCGAGCGUGCCAAGGUUGACCCCCUGUUGAUGUUCAAGACCUCGGGCGAGUACUUGGAAUGGGACGAGAGGGGCAUCCCGACCGUGGACGCGGUGGGGAACGUGGUGUCCAAGAGCAGGCACAAAAAGCUGAUCAAGGAGUGGGAGAAACAGAAGACGAGGCACGAGGAAUGGCUGGCGACGCAGCCGGCAGCAUAAAAAAAGGGGCAUGAGGAAGUGUCUCCAUUCUCGGGUCAAGUUGACUCACAACGAAGAGUGUUUUGCUUCUAACAUGCGAGUAGCUCUAUGGAGCUCCUCUUUUGAGAAUUCCCAAACAAAGUUCAUUUCUCAAGGCACUGUAAAACAAACCGCCUGCGUGUCACGCCAGGGAAUGGACCAAAAAAAGGUAACGUAUAACGCCGGUGUUGAUGGGGCGCGCCAACCAUCACAGUCCCUCCGUGUUUGCGCUGUUAGGAAGCUCGGCAGGAGCCCCGUCUAUCCCCCUUGAUACACAGGCUCGGAGUAGACACAGCGUGCGUUGAGGUCGGCACCACAAAAAUGGCCAAGACGACUCGGCGACAGCCAUCAGAACAUUCGGAACUUCAUCUCGCUGCAGAAGGACGCCCGUAGGGAUAGUGUCGAGGCAGCGCGCCGCAGAGAUCUCCGCGUUGUUGAUCCGCAACACGACAUAGAGCGGAUCAAGAAGAGCAGGAUGGGCUGCUCGAUGACUUCUUCGCACCCCAAAGUAUGCAGCCGUUCACAAACUGGGACGAUGGCGGAUCUGGGCCGUCUGCCACGUUGAUUGCUCUGGAUAAAAGGACACGCUGGCACGGGAAAGACGAUGCUCACGAUCGGCCUCAUUCGCCAACUGUCGCAUCGAUCUGUUGCCUAUCACCAGUGCUUUCCUUCUUCUUCCGCCAAGGCACAGAUGCAGCCUUGAAUAACGCGGCUGCUGUCCUCUGCUCUUUGAUCUGGUUUCUCAUUCUUCAGCGGUCACGCCUCGCAUCCUAUUUGCCGGAAAAGUACAAACUGUUAGACGCCGAUCUUUUUAGGGACCAAAAUGCCUUCAUCGCUCUGUCCGAAGCGUUUCGGAGUAUGUUGAAGGAUUCUCAGUUGUCGCCUGUGUACCUCGUGGUCGACGCGCUCGAUGAUUGCACCCAAGAAGGGCGAUCGGACCUCAUCCAUCUUAUUUCGACUUCCUUCAACCUCUCCUAGAAUAUACUCAGCGUAUGGGAAAGCUUGUUAAUGCAUAUAUCAACCACAAAUUUAUGGAGCUUGCUUAGUGGAGGGCUGGGAGGCUAUCGAACCCGUCCAGAGCACUCCCCUUCCCCCAGCUUGAUGAAUUUGUUUCUAAUCCCUGAUUUUCUUUUAUGUUGCCUCUCUCAAGGAAACUUGCCCAGUUUUCAAUAUGUAGCGAGUAAAUACGCUAUUGACAAACAUCUUCUCAAAAUGCUG